AUGCUUCGACAACCUCUGAGGAACGAUUUGAGGCCUUUGAGCUUCAAAUCGCUCUGUCGGAGGUCUUUUCUCUUGACACCCGUCCUUCCCCGAUACCUGAGCGACUGGAAGUCCAAUCGAGCCCAACGCUACACUUUCGAUAAACCUAAUCCCCACCGAAAACGCGAACCCCGUGACCGACAGAAAUAUGGAGGGUCGAAGGUCACACUAGAUGUGAAUUCCCUGGGUCAGCCAGGACAAAUCGUUGUCGUUCCUGGGCGUGGCCGUCGAAGGUUGAACCGCAACCGCAACCGCAGUCCCAAUAAAGACCGCAGUACGAUCAGUUCCAUGCUGGAUGAUCUUGACGACGAGAACUCAGACCCCACGACUGAAACAGUCCAAAGAGGAAUUGAUACGAGCCGCGGACCACAUCAACCAGGAGAUACGUUGGCGACUGGCGAAUUCAAAGCCCUUUGCUCCAACCUUUCAUCAUCCUUCACCUAUAGGCAACUUUCCGAAUAUGUUUCGGACCAACAAGGCAAUACUGUGGAACUCAAGGGGAAAAAUUGGACAUGGAGGCCGUCUGACAAAAUAUCGGAAACGGAAGGACCCAAGGGGUCCCAGGGGAAAGCUCGGCUCGCAGAAAGGAUUGUUCGAGAUUGCUGGCAGUUGGUGGUUCCAGCGGAGCGGGGACAGAUGGAGUUCCAUCUAAAGCCUGAGUUUAUGUCCUUGCUGCUUCAUGCUGAACAUUUCUCUUUCCAUGAGCUGGCCAGUCUCCAUGGAUGCACUAUUAAUGUGACACGAUCUGCUUGUCGAGUGACAAUCUCUGGCAAGCGGAUCGCUUGCGAGUCUGUCCAUGAGAUUAUUUAUGAUGCUACCGCCAGAACUCGCGAAGAGGAUGUUGGCAUCAGCCCAUAUACUCUCGGGGAUGGUAUUAAUCAGGUUUUCACGGCCGACUUUUUGGAGUGGAUCAACACGACAUACGGGGUUUAUGUGGAAUAUAAGGCAUACCGAACCCCAGAGAAAAUCUAUUACCUGGCCGAGAACAAGAUGGGAGCGAACAAUGCCCGAAGGGCCUUGAACUUGGCGAUCACCAACUCAACACCCCCAUCAACACAUUUCUCCACAUACCUACCGGCUUCCGAGCUAGCUAGUGUCUACAGCUACAGACCGGAAGAAAAUGCUUCAUGGUUUGACCGACAGAAGCCGUGGUUCCGAUGGGCCAUGUCUUCUAGUCAAAGCGCGGAAGCAGAAACUCUCGAGACUCCUUUCUUUGAUAAGCAUCAAACACGUCUAUCUGAUGAGCUGCUGAAACUACUCAGAGAUACCACACCCUUAGAGACCAACCUGCAAGUCACGCCUGGCCUACAGGAAUCUGUGACGGCCGAGGUCGGGAGGUGCCUUUUUAUGCAAAAGUCCUCCUUUGAGGAGACAACGAUGAGUCCAGCGCAAUUGGGAAGACUGUCUCUUCCGCGGACUUUCACCAACGACAUUCCUUUGGUCUCCAAGUUCCUCGAUUCCCUUUCGCCCUUCUCGCAAAAGAACGAGUCAGAGCUAUAUCGAAUUCGGUUGACCCCAGCUGCUGAUGCGGGCACUUUCCCUGAACUUGAAAUAGGGGUGGCCAUCAAGAACCAGAAUGGUACCCAAACUUCAGAUAACGCUUUCGAAAUCCAGAGCGUAAAGGCUAUUCUCGCCACCAAUGCCGUUGACUACCUUCUCCCAGAAAAUGGUUUGGAUCUGCGAUUUACACGAACCAUUUCUCAGGAUCUCUUGCACGAAGGUUCUCAUUCAUCAGGCCUCGAAGCGAUGCUGCAGAGUAUCAAGCAAUCCCUCCAGGGCUCAUUUUUGGCCGGUGGUGUUUCGCGUGGCCCUCUCUUGCCGUUCUGCAAUAUCUCUAUUCCCAAUGGUGUCCAAAAGGUCGUCCGAUCAUCCCACAAAGCGACACCAAAUAAGUUGCGGGAGAGUGAAUCCCCGGAGAAUAAUGUCACUGCUGAAUAUAUGUUCCCACCUAUCAGUGACGUCCGGGGUACUGCCGUCCAAACAUACGAAUUCGGUGACCGACAGCUUGAGUACCGUCAUUAUGAGAGUGGUCCGUUGCUCGCUGCUCGUUCGAACGAGAUUUCUCUUACCACACAGAUUCCUCAUGCCGAUUCGACUUCCGAAAAUGGCCAAGCCCAAGAGCUUGUUCAUCAUGAGUUCCAUUCGUUCUACAACACAGCAUGUGACAUGGCCUUCAAAGUCCACGGGAGCAGAUACAUGGAUUAG